AGAGGUCCCUCCUCCACGGCACAGGCAACCCAGGGGUUAAUGCAAGAUGCGCCGCUCCCUCCUCUCUCCGCUCCGCUCUGCCGGCGGGAGGGGUCUGAUCCCGGGGCGGGACCCGGGCGUUACCACCGCCCACCAGCGAGCGCGGAGUCGCGGUCGCCCCCAGCCCGGCUAUGGUCGCCCAGAGCCACCCGCUGCUCGCCAUCCUGCUGUCGGCGCUGAGUUUCAAGGCGCUGCGCUCGGCGGUGCGGGCACGGGGACUGGCGCCUCCGCUCACAGACCCGACCCGGGCGUGGAGAUGGAUCAACCUGCACGUCUCGCUGCUCCACUCGGCGCUCAGUGGACCAUGGGCGCUGCUCUGUGUUUACAACGCGCCUGAAAUGUUAACUGACAUUUAUGCGUUCCAAAGUUCCUUUUCGUACUCGCUUGUCUGUUUUUCCACAGGCUAUUUUAUCCAAGACGUGGCUGAUAUCACCCUGAAUGGACAGUCUCGAGCUUCCUGGGAAUUCCUUUUACACCAUCUCCUGGUGAUUUCCACCUUCCUGUAUAUAGUCCUGACCCACCGCUACGUGGCUGGAGCUGUCAUUGCCUUGUUUGUUGAAGUAAACAGUAUCUUCCUCCAUGCCCGACUGCUCCUGAAGCUGGCAAAUGCACAGGGCUCUCUGCUCUACCACUACAAUAAGUAUAUCAAUGUUUUCACCUACAUUGUUUUUCGACUCUCACCCCAGUUUUACCUCACUUGGUUUAUGCUGAAGAGUCUCGGAGUCCUCCCGCAUGCCGGCUACAUCAUUCUGUCCUUGAAUGCGGUCAACAUCAUGAUCCUGGUUUACUUCUGUCGCCUGAUCCGUACAGAUUUCUUCAGUAAGCCGAAACACUGCUUACAGAAUGGAAACAAUAACACAAAGUUUGUGGAUGAUUAAUAGAACCCCAGCUUUUGAAACCAAGAUUUGCAA